AACAGUUUUAAUGUUAGGUUAUUUUACAUUUAAGCUACUGGUGUCGAAUUUUGUAUUUUGUUUGAUGACGGACUUGUAGCCGGCUGCUAAAAACAAAGUAAUGAAUCGGUCAGAAUAACGGAGCCGAAGCUAGCCAAGUUAGCUUAGCAGUUAGCAUCACAGUGCGCGCGCUGAAUUCAGUCUGCCAUGGAGCGAAAAAUGAUGAACCUGGGGAGAGCCAAAAAGAAACUCCGUUACUUCCAGACAGAAGAAAAUUCUUCAUGUCAGGUGAAGAUAAAAGAGCUCCUCACCAUGCAGGACCUUGAUAAUAUUUUUGAUGAUUUAGAUUCCUCGGGUCCUGGUACGCCUCUGCUUUCCCCGUUGCCCAAGACCCCUGGUUUGGAUGAACAAGUGACCGGAAGCAACUCGGUACAGCUGAAGCCGCCCUUACUAUUCACAGAGAAUAUCAGUCCCCUCAAGGCCUCAGAUGCUUUGGUGGCAGAAAUUGACAUUCACACUGAGCAUUUAAAUGGUAAAGAGAGCCUCCUCGAUGUGAUUGCACCCAUCACCACAUCCAGCCCUAUUGAGCUGUUAACGGUCGAGGUGGUCACAGAGGAAACGGAGAGGCCUGAUACCACCCCGUUGCUCUUCGUCGAGGAUGAGGAGCCAAUUGGUGGUGACUUAAUCAAGCCGACAUCCAAUCAUAGAGCAGAAUCUCCAGAGGAGAUCCUCCAGGGGGAGAGUGACUCUUUGGUGUCUCCACCAGCACGGUUAGAGUUUGUAAAGCACACAAAAAAUGAUGAUCUUCCUGAGACAAGGGAGAGUAUCUCAGUGUGUCUGCAACCGCACCAAGAGUUUAUUAAGCCCACAAAACAGGAUAAUGUUCCUGUAACUAGGGACGGUGAAACUUUGUUGAGUCCGGCAGCACAGACAGAAAUCGAGCCCAUGAAAGAGGUGGAUUUUGUUCCUCUAAGCGACAGUGAGUCUUUGGUGUCUCCACCAGCACGGAUGGAGCUCAAAAAGCCCACAGAUCCGGAUUUAACAAGCAGUGAGUCUGAGGUGGCACCACCAGCACGGAUGGAGCUUAAAAAGCCCACGAAACAGCAUGUUGUUCCUGUAACAAGCUCGACGCCUCUGAAGGUUUUGGAUGCUGUCGUUCAUCAGCCCCAGACGGUCAACGCGCCCAGAUCGGAGGAGCCUGAAGAAUUCCAAAAGGAGGAGAGCCCAGGUGUAUCGUCUUCGGUUUCGGUUCGGAACAGUCAGCCGGAAUCUGUUCCAGAGGGGAAUCUGAACAGCCAGGCACCAGAGCUGGGAUUAGAGGUGGAGGGCAAAGAGCCGUCGUUCCAGCAGAAGCUUUUUAGUGCCUUACAGCUUAGAAUGAAAAGUUGCAGGAAAUCUCAACCUGUUAAAUGCAACGCUCCGUCACCACUCGUAUCCGAGGAUGAUUUUAUGAUCCUGGACGAUGACGCUCCCAUUCGAUUCGUCAUUCCAAAGAAGACGGAGUCAGGUCAGAAAGGCAAACCUGCACCUGAGCACAGUGCUAAAAAGAAAGCAUUAAACAGCAAAUCAGCUUCUCCAAAGCGGACUGAGGAGGCCCAAAAGGGUAAAGGUAUACCUGGUGCAGUGACACAGAAUACAAAGACCAAGCGAGGAAAGAAUCAGAACAUCGGCACUAGGGAGGAUGCGGCUCCAGCAGCCGCAGACCGACACGGGGAGACUUUAACGGAGGCCAGUGAAGAACUUGGAACUGCACAGAGCGCCUCCUGUCUGACUGAACAGAGCAAACAAAAAGUUCCUACAGCUGGUAGACGGAAAACAAAAGGUAAAACGAAUACCGAACAGCUCGGCACCGAACAAAGAAAAGCUGCCGGUGACGCCAGCAAAAAACCAGCAACUCCGAUGAAGAAAUCUGCCAAAUUACCCAUGAACAGACAGGACGAACCUGCAGAACAUGUGAAGAAGAAACCCAACAAAGUCAAACCUACUAAUAAAGAGAGUUCAUCUGAGUCUGAAUGUGUCGGCACGGCCAAACUAAAGAAGAAUUCUAAAGACAGGACUGUAACGAGAAUGAGGAAAAAUCGGGAAACUGAAGCAGUGCAGGAGUGUGUGGAUGAGAUCCAGGGCCAUACAGGACCACAUUUAGAAGAUAGUAAUAUACAACCAGAGGGCCAGAAUACCACCACGGUUGAAAAAAUACCUAAACAGCCUUUAACCAAGCCACCCGCUUCAAAGAAGCCAGCAAGAGUGAAGAAAACAGAAAAGGCAAAAGAAGCAUUAAAGAUAAAGGAGCUCCCAGUGCCCGAGUCUGAUGUUUCUGCAGAGGCUUCUCUGACCAGCAAGCGUAAGAGGAAACCGCCUGGAGACUGGUGGCUCUCGCAGCAGCAGCAGGAACACAGCCCUCAGGAGCACAGAGACACAGUUCAGCAUUUAGAGCUCAAACCGAACAAGAAAACGGGCAGAAAAGCACCGGCGGUGGUAACAGACUCUACAGAGCAGCGGUCGCCCAGGCUUUCCCAGAAGAGCCAGAACAAAGAGCGCAAACCUGAGAGUGUCCGAGAAGCGCCGAAAAAUCUAAAGAAGUCGCGACCUGAUACAGAACGGAAAAAUGCAAAGGCAGCCGGGGGCAGGCGGAAACCCAAGGCAGGAGCUCCAAGCCAGCAUGAGAUGAGUCCAGAUACGAGGAGAGGAGAAGAAGCGGAAGAUGAUGCAGCUGCUGAGCAACCGAGUCCAGUGCAUCAUAGUUCUCCUAGGUGGCGCAGCUCAACGCCCGGAGAUAAAAGGCUGUUCGCUAAGACCUACACUCGGGACAGCGUGUGUGAAUCCGCUCAGAAACGUCCUCCAGCCGUGAACAAGGAACCUGAGAUCAUUCCAGAAAAACGCCAGAGACGAGCUCCCAGUAACUGGUGGGAGGUUCCCGAGGCUCAGGAACCUGUGGAGCGCCCUCCGCUAUCACAGAACCGUCCCUCCGUCAAGUCCAGGCCACAGAUGAUCCCUCCUGACGAUGUAUUUCGGAGUGUGGCCAGCCCACAAAAGACAGCGGGUCCGGCUCAGAAACGAAAUAAAAUGAACGUGAUUAAAACACCAAAGUCUUUCAAAAGGUCACUGGCCGCGUUCGAUGCCUUAUUGGCGUCUGGAAAGACCGGAUCCUCGACUGUAAAAGGUUUGAAAGUGAAACAGAAAGGGCGCAGAAAGUUACUGCACUCGCUUGAGGAUCAGUCGGAACAAUCCAGUGAGAAUAUCCUGAAUGAUGAGCAGCAACAAGGGAGCAGCUAUGCUACAUUUGAUGUCUGUGCGAGUGGCGUUACCACAGAGUCAGACAGAAAGAAAACAAACGCUCGCUUUUCAAGUGGAUCCAACAGAGCGUAUGAUGAUACUGCUUUUAGAAGUGGUCCCUCAUCGAUGAUUGAGCUGGAGAGGUUUGAGGAACAUGACUUGGCUGAUUUACCAUCGUCCAGGACAGUCACUCAGGCGCAGCCCAGACCACGUUUUCUGUCAGACUGUGGUAUGUGCGGCUCUCCGCUGAAGCCCGUCACACUGGAAGUGGAGGACUGGGACAACAUCUGUGUUUGGUUUAAUCACAUAUGGCCCGCAGUGUCAAAGACUGGUCGGGUCAUUAGCAUCGAUGAUUUCCACUGGCACUGCCAUGCUGGAAGAGCUAUGGGUCACAUGAUUGACCUUCAGGACGACAAGUUCUCAAGUGGCAAGAUUCUCCUGGGCUCGUAUAUGAAGAAACCCGAGCAGGUGGAUCAUAAUGCAGUAACGGUAUUUAAUGUAAAUUCAAGUUGUGUACGUGUGGAAAUCGACGGCGUCAUGCAGGUUUACAACGCUGGAUGUACGUUCAUGACGCCUCGAGGUAAAUCGUACAGCAUCCACAACGUGUGCCGUGAGCCUGCUGUUCUGUGGUACCACAGAAUGUUAUCAAACUGUACGUGAAACCCACCGAACGCGCAGGAGCACCGGCACCUGGCAUGACCAACGGUACACGGCGUUUGUGAAUAUAGGAAAACGCUUAAAGAUGUUGAUGUGACAAAGGUGUAGAUAUACUGUUUUUGAAGUGGUGUGUGUGUGUGUGUGUAUGUCUGAGAGAGAUGUACAUAGUAUCGUAGCAGCUUUAAAACAGAAGUAUGAAUUUCAUUGUAUGUUGAAAAAUGCAGUUCUAAAAGCUUGUUAUUUAAAGUAUUUUGCACUGUCUUGUUUUUUAAUGUGAUCUACACACGUUGCAGCCUAGUGCAUCACAUCAAACACACUUCGACUCAGUCUCUGUAGAUCUAUAGAUGAACAGUCAGUCGAAUAGGUGCUGGAGGUGGCAGCACGGUCACAGGUUCCAUCUCUCUACUUAGUCAAUGUGUGUCAUUUAUGAACUGACCAAAUCAUGUUAAUAAAAAAGAGACUGUUGUCUGGAAACAGUGCCAGCAAUAUAAA